CGUUUGUGAGGUAAAACGGGAGAAACUGAGCGCUAAAACGUCAAGGGCUUUGAUUCCGCCAUGUCAGACACAGCGCUGGAGUCGGUGGAAUUACCGGCGUCGCUCGUUAACGAGAUAAUUAACGGGGAGGACGGAGCGCCGGACAUCAGCCUGCUGCAAAAGAUGACCGGGAUGCAGCACGCCAUGAACGGGACGCCAGGAAUGCAGGGGCAGCCUUACCUACAGAUCACUGAACAGCCCAAAUCUCGCGGUUUCCGUUUCCGGUAUGGCUGCGAGGGUCCGUCACACGGAGGUAUCCCAGGGGUCCACAGUGAGAAGAACAGGAAAACUUACCCGUCUGUCAAGAUCGUUGGUUACCAAGGUUACGCCCGUAUCGUGGUGACUCUGAUGACCAAUGAGGACCAGCCGCGGCCGCACGCCCACUACCUGGUGGGGAAACAGUGUAACGAGGACGGAUUCUGUGUGGUGCAGGUCGGACCCAAGGACAUGUCCGCUACGUUCCGAAACCUUGGUGUCCUCCACGUGACGAAGAAGAACGUUCCGUCCAUCCUGGAGAAGAGGAAGAUGAAGGAGCUGGUCGCCGCGCGGCGCUGCCAGGAGACGGGGAAAAUCAUCCUCGACUUCGACAACCUGAGUGAGGACGACAGUAACAAGUACAUCACAGAACAAGACAAGCGACAGAUUGUGAAGGAGUCCCAGGAGCAGGCUAAGCAGAUGGACCUGAGCGCCGUGCGGGUUUGUUUCCAGGCUUUCCUGCAGGAUGAGAACGGGACGUACACACGCACUCUACAACCGGUCAUCUCUGACGCUGUGUUCGACAGCAAGGCCCCUAACGCGUCGACGCUGAAGAUCUGCCGGAUGGACCGGCACUCCGGCUGUGUGACCGGCGGGGACGAGGUCUUCCUGCUGUGUGACAAGGUGCAGAAAGAUGACAUCCAGGUGCGUUUCUAUGAAGAGGCUGAUGAAUCGACCAAUGGCGGGUCGGAGUGGGAGGCUUACGGAGACUUCGGGCCUGCAGACGUCCACAGACAGUUUGCGAUCGUGUUUAAGACUCCGCUGUACCACAACGUGGCGAUCGAGCGGCCGAUCAGCGUCCAUGUCCAGCUGCGCAGAAAGUCCGACGGAGAACUCAGCGACCCAAAACCCUUCACCUACCAGCCUCAGCAGUUCGACAAAGAGGAGAUCGGUAAGAAGAGGAAGAAGACUGUUCCACACUUCAACACCCACUUCGGUGGCGGGGGGCCGGGAGGGCCCACUGCAGGGGGAGGGGGGCUCGGACCUGGUCUACUGUCAGAGGUGACGGCGAAGGUUGAAGAGGCGAGAGUGGAGGUGAGAAACACCCGGCUGUACUCCCUGGAACAGAGACUCGUCUUCACCACCGUCCCCGAGCAUGAAACAGCCUUCACCUGCGAGAGGGGCACCCUACAGCUGUCUUGCUCGGACAGAAAGACGCUGUUGAUCGUGGAGGCGAACUACGGCAGGACGACCGCCUCCCACUCCUGUGCCUGCUCCACUUGUCGUACCAACUGCCGCGCGGCCACCAGCCUGGCCGUGGUGAGGGCCGCCUGUCAGGGCAAGCGGCAGUGCUCAGUGACAGCGAGUAGCAGCGUUUUCGGUGGGGACCCUUGUUACGGAGUGCAGAAGUACUUGGAGGUAUCAUACCGCUGUAUCACAGAAAGCAACGUCGCUCUUCGCAAGACGGCAAGUUGUAGUUCUGCUCCAUCACACUGGGGACCUGAGAAGGCUGUAGACGGUUCCAGGGGUACGAGGGUAACCUGGUACAACCAGUGCACUCACACUAACCGUAACCGCGUUUACCAGCCGUGGUGGAAAGUGGACUUGGGAGGUACCUACCCAGUCAACCGGGUCAGCGUGCUGAACAGGGGCGACUGUUGUGUGCGCCCACUUCGGCAUCGAAUGUGA